AUGACAUCACUAAUCCCAAAUAUAUUUAAUAUUAAAAUGAAUCAAACUAAUCAACAAAACUACUCAAAUGUUGACUAUGUUGAAAAAAAUUUGAUUUCUUCAACAUCAGAAAAAUCUUUAGUAUUAGAAAUCAAUAAACAUACCACUAGUUUCACAGAUUCAAAAUUUAUUCAUCAAAAUAAUAAAUUAGAAACAACUAUUCAAUGUAUUGGUUCAUUAUAUAAUCAAUCUUGUUUGUAUCAUAAUUUAUAUUAUGUUGAUAGUGCAUUUAUGAUUUUAACUGUGAAAGGACAACAUUUACCUUCAUAUUCUGUACGAACAGAUGCCUUUGUACUAUGGCCUACAACACCAAACAAACGUGUUUUUGAUUCAUAUUCUGAUCUUGAAAAAUUUGUUCGUACUGUUAUUGAUCCAAGAAUAAUUCCAUCUGUUACUCUUCAUUUUGGUCAACCUUGGCAUUUCAAUAUUGGUCAUGCACUUUUUGAUGGACUUUAUCCAGCAUAUGUUGCACUUAUUCGUUUUUCUCCAAGACAUCUUCAUCCUUUUCGUAUUCUUGCUGGAGUAGAUGACUGCAAUGAUUGUUGGAGUGAAGAUAUUUAUAGUCGUUUUGGUGGUCUUGGAAUUCUUAAACAAAGAGUUCUGAAUAAAAUGUCAAAAGGAAAUUGGUUUAUGUUUGAAGAACUUGUUAUGGGUAGUGGAACAAUGUGUCAACGUUGUACACAACCUAAUUUACAAUUACCUGGAGGUAUUGAAUUAGAUGCUUCAAGACUUUUUCGUGAUAGAAUGUAUCAACAACAUGGUCUUAUUCAUCCAAUCAUUCGACAAAAAUCUUCAUCUGAAAGACGAACGUCUCAUGAUCUUCUUUUAGGAUAUAUUAUUGAUAAUAAACGUUUUACAAGUGGAGAUCGAAAAGAAAUCGAUGCUGCUAUAAAUGAAAUAAAUAAUUAUACGAAUUUUCAUUUGAAUAAAACUAUAAAUAGAACAACUAAAUUGCAAUGGCCAUUAGUUCGUGUCUCUUACCUUUUCUAUAAUCAAGUUAGAGCUCAAAACCUUAGUUCCAUUCAAAUAAAUGCGACAUCAACCGAUUCUCGAUCGCCAAUAUAUGAAUUAAUUGAAAAUAAUUUCAUAGGUCAACUAAAAAUUUUACGUCAAAUGGAUAUUCAUAUUACUGGACCUGGUACUGGACAAAUGUAUCAAACAUUUUUAUCAGAUGGAUCUGUAACUAUUAAUCUUGGAGGUAUAAGACCACCGGAAUUAGAAAAUACAGAAAGGGCAUAUAGUUCAUAUUUUGAACAACAUAUGACAAGUGGUACACCUUAUAUCAAAGGUCUUUACUAUCCAAUUAAUAAAAGACCUAAAGGUAUUAAAAAAGAUGAAGUUAUUAAAUUAAUUCGACAAGCUUCACGACUUAUUCUACAAGGUUUUUCAUUACCAGUAAAUGCUUAUGAUAAUCUAGCAUCUGAUGGAAAAUUAUUUGUUGAAAUGUGUGAAAAAGAUAAAGAAUUUUGUUCUUUAGUUACAAAAAGAAUACCGGAAACAGGUUUUGGUUGUUUAGAUUUUUGGACAGAAGAUUUUGUUCAUGAAUAUCGGCAAUGGCAAUUAGGAGGUUUUCUUGAUAAUGGUCGAAAUAUUAGUUGUCCUUUUAAUCGUUCAUUAUUACAUGAGUUAAGAAAAAAAUAUGGAAUUCAUCACAAAGAAACGAACAAUUCAUCAAAAAAUGCCACACAUAACUCUGUUCGUUGA